AUGAAUGCAGCGAUGUUUAAUAUUUUCCGUUAUCGCAGUCGUCUAAGAUAUCUUCUUCUUUGCAGACAAUGUUUAAUAUCUGUAUUUCUUCUGUGUAUAUUAGUAUAUGCUACAUUUCGAGUAAAAUUAUCAAACGAUUAUAAAAAUGCACAAGUAUUCUAUAAAACUCAACAAUCUAUAUGUAACAAUAAUCUUAAUCAAAAUCAAAAUAGAACGAAAAUAAUUCUUUUCUGGACUAAAUUAUUUAAAAGAAAAGCUGAUGAAAAUUAUAUCAACAAUUAUUUCUUUACAUCAUCAGGACGUUGUGGUACAAAUCAAUGUCGAGUAACAAAUAAUCGUGAUGAAUUAUGUGCAAGUGAUGCUAUUAUAUUUCAUGCACGCGGUCCAAUUAAUAUGAAUGAUAUGCCAACGAAACGUUUGCCUCAUCAAAGAUAUGUUUUAUUAAUAAAAGAACCACCUUAUAAAACAACAGCAAUUGUUGGUCAUUUAAAUUAUUUCUUCAACUGGACAGCAACAUAUCGUACUGAUUCGGAUAUUAAUUAUCAGUAUUUUUAUUGGCGUCGAAAAGCUAAACCAACUAACGAAACAAGUCAAAAAUCAUAUUUAAAAAAUCGUCAAGCUCGUGCAGCAUCAAUGAUUAGUAAUUGUUAUUCACAAAGUAAUCGUGAAGGUUAUCUUCAACGUCUUAAUUCAAUUAUCCCGGUAACUCACGUAGGAUAUUGUUCAGGAACUAAAUGUCAUAAAUCACGAGAAAUUUGUCUUAGUCAAUUAGCUGAAACACAUCCAUUUUAUCUUUCAUUUGAAAAUUCUCUAUGUCGUGAUUAUGCAACAGAAAAAUAUGCGAACGUUAUAAUUAAUAAUCAAAUGAUACCUAUUGUUUUUUCUCAAACUCCAAAUCUCUACAUUCCAAAUUCAUAUAUUGAUGCAAAUCAAUUUUCAUCACCGGAAGAUUUAGGUCAAUUUCUUCGUAAACUUACUUUGAAUACAACAAUGUAUGAUAGUUAUUUUAAAUGGAAAGAUGAAUAUGAUCUUAUUAUACCAGGUCCGGAUGAUUAUCUAUGUGAUUUAUGUAAAAAAUUAAAUAAUCCAAAUGAACCGUAUAAAGUCUAUGAUAGUAUGAAAAAAUGGCUUUAUAAUGAUGCAAAAUGUCAACGAUGGGUAUCAAAAUUAAAUAAAACAAUUGAUAUACCAGUUGAUGAAUCGAUGGAUUAUGAAGAACCCUGGUUUUAA